AGGGGGAAAUCCUGGGUGUGAGUGAGAGAAAGAAGAAGGAGAAAACUUGGACACAGCAAACCCCUGCGGUGAAAGACAACGUGGUGGUGGACUGUGAGUCGUUGAUGUAUUCGUUUCAUCGCCAGAAGGAUGAUGAUGAUGGACAUGGGCAUGUACGGGACCUACGGUAAGCCAGAUUCAUAUCCCAACUACGUGUUCGCCGGUCAAGGGAAUCAUCAUCAUCAGGCUUCUACCGUCGGUGGACAUGUGUCUGUACCACCAUCACCCGAUCUUGCGCCGAGUCAUUAUUACCCUCAGACAGCAGUGGCUCCUUACUCAUCUUCGUCAUCCGAAAGUUUCCUGACUGCUGAGUCUGGUGCUUCGUCAAGUACACCGCCUCAAAGUUUCUACUCGCCGACGGGAGCUGUACUACACGAGGAUGGUACUACAACGGCGAUCAUUUCGUCGGAGAAUGGCCUGAGUUAUACCAAUCUUGAUUAUGCUUCCUCCUCGACAUACUCCGGUCAACAACAACAACAACAACAACAGCCACAACCACAUACAGGAUCCCAUGGUUCGAAUGAACCUCAUCAAAGUUACCAUGUACAACAAAAUACCUACAGAGAAGAUCAUCAUCAUCAUCAUCACCACCACCACCAUCAUCCUCCGAGUCUUCAUCAAACUGCUACCUUACAAACCCAUCAAAGAACGGAACUUGAUUUGCAUCAACCAACCUCUAGUCACCAUCAUCAUCAUCAUCAUCCUCCUCACCAUCGACAUGAACCCGAAUAUCAGGUACCAGUCGGUGCAACUCCCAAUUACGUUCACCAAUACGAAGAUUCUCUUCACUAUCACGCUCCGAUCAGACAGAACGAGUUCCCCGGACAUCCUACAGGACAUUACAAAGAAGAGAAUCGUGAUCCAACCUCUUAUCACACUCUUCCACAACCAGGACAUUCUCAACAACAGCAACAACAUCCUCAUCCACAACAUCCUCAUCAUCAGCAACACUCUCAUCAGCACCAACAACAACAACAGCAACAGCAGGCCCAAGUACCUACUUACAAGUGGAUGCAAGUUAAAAGGAACGUUCCUAAGCCCGUCGCCACAAAAACGACUCACAAUGCUGGAGAUUUUAUCGGUAACACGGUCGGUGGUACAAAUCCGUCGGUCUAUGGAAAUUCAACGAGUGGUACCGUGAACUGUCUUACUGGCGGUCCAUUAGCUGGUAUAACAAGUGGCUUCAACAAUACCGGUCGUACGAACUUCACUAACAAACAACUAACCGAAUUGGAGAAGGAAUUCCAUUUUAACAAGUACUUGACACGCGCGAGACGCAUCGAAAUAGCCUCGGCCCUUCAACUAAACGAGACGCAAGUGAAAAUCUGGUUUCAGAAUAGACGAAUGAAGCAGAAGAAGAGGAUGAAGGAGGGCCUUAUACCGGCCGAUGGUGGAAACGUUAGUCAACUAACUGGUGCGAGGAGUAGCAGCAAUUCACCGACGAGCAAUCACCAAACAACAACCAAUCAGGACAAUAUUACUGGACUUAGUUUAUCCAGUUUCACCAGCGACAAUAGUCGAGAAUCACCGCCUAUAUCGAUCAAAGAUUAACUCGAUCAUUUAUGAUCUUAUGCGACGAGACGAUGAUUGGAUCUAAACUAAGACUCUCGUGAUAGGAAGCAAAAAUAAUUAUUGAUAUCCAGCCAAUGAGGCAAACAAAAAGAUAUUUCCUUACGUUUACAUAUUACUCGAAUAAUAUUUCGUUCAACAAUUGCAUUCAUACUGAUCUUAUUUCGAAUAUCACGUUCGUUGCAAAUGAAACUUUUUGAUUUAACGAUUUAAGAUAUAAAUGUGUUUUUAUAGUUUUCUUUUAUUUUUAUCUUUUUUUAUUUUUUUUUUUUUUUUAUCUUUUUUUCUCUAUAAUUGAUAUUAAACUCGAGAUAUAAUUCUCGCAUUUAGAUAGAAGAAAAAUAUGAAAAUUCGUCUUAAAGCUGGAAAUAUUUAUGAUUUAGUCGUUAUGUAAAUUAUUAUUCGAUAUAGGCGAACUUUUUCUUUUCGUGCUACAACGUUACCAUUGUAAAUUAUCUUAUUCUCAACGAUCUUAGUAAAUUUAUUUUUACUUGAAAUUUCGUGAUUAUAUCAUAUAUAUCUCGAUUAUAUGAAAAUUGUAAGAAGAAACUACCAUCCUGAGAGAGCCCUCGUUAGAUUAAAAAAAGAAAAAGAAAAAGAAAAAAAAAAGAAAAAAUACAUCUAGAGAUAAUACAAACAACUUAGAUUAUCUUUUAAUUAGAUAGUUCUACUAUCGAUAAAAUAAACGAAGAUGCAAAUAUAAUUAAUAAAAAAGAAAAAAAAAGAUUAAUUCCUAAUUUAAAUAAUCUAUAUCUUGAUUUCGACUAACAAAAAUCUUUUUCGAAUUCAUUUACACGAGCCGAAAUACAUAUGUACAUUUGUAAAUGAUUUCUCAAAAUAUCAUUACUAUGUAACGGUAUAUAUGCAUCUAAACCUACAUACAAACACGUUGGUUUCAUAAAUAUGAGCGAAAAAAUGUGUACGCAAGACUAUAUACGAUAUACAAUUACAAAUAUUAGUAUACAAACGUUUGUAAAUUAACUUCUUAAAGUGUUGCGAAAUGUUUAACAGACAUAUAUAUAUAUAUAUAUAUAUAUAUAUAUAUAUAUAUAUAUAUAUAUAUAUAUAUAUAUGUAAACAUGUAACGUGUAACAUCAGGAUGUAUAGAAGGACUCGUUAAUUUGUAAGUCCCUGUUAAAAAGGUUUCUUCAUAAUGAAGUUCCAUCUUUUCCCGAAGUAUUAUAUCUUCAAAAGUAAAAUUAUUACAAGAUUAUUAUUAUUACAUGAUAAUCUAUAUCUAUACAUAUAUACAUUCAUAUAUAUGUAUAUAUAUAUAUAUAUAUAUAUAUAUAUAUAUAUGUUAUUACGGUAAUACGAUAACGCGAUACAUUUAAUCUAUAACUUAAAAAUAUUUGUGUAUUUAUAUGUAAAUAGAAUCUUGAACACGCGCCCAAGCUUGAUGUGGUGAAAAUAAAAAUAAUGAAAACGUUUAUUGAUAUCGCUUGGAAAGAAAUUUUCGUAGCACGUGCAGGGGAACAUAAUAAACGAUAAUCAACGAUGCGAUAUUAUAGAAAAGAACGUAUAUAUCUUCCUGUAAGAUUAAACGAAUGUGUUAUAAUACGUGCGCAAGCUUCGAAUAUGCGCAUAUUAUAUUUAUAAAAAUCGAUGAUUCUUUGUUCUGUUUUUUUUUUUUUUUCAUUUUCUUUUCUACUCCAAUGUUUUGAAUUAUAGUAAUUACAUAUUUAUGAAAGGGAAUGAUUCAUUCUAAAAGAAAGAAAAAACAAUAACAAUAACAAUAACAAUUAUGGAUAAAUAUCUAUCGUAUAUAUAGAUUUUCCCUUAUUGUAUUUAUGACGACUUGUACCAAGGUCGUAAAUGAUGACAAAGAGAAAAAUUACAUUAAAUUAAAAAAAAAAUCAUAUAAGAUUCGCAUUGACUCCUUCUUAUAUCGAUAUCUUAACACGCCAACGUAUUUAAAAAGGGCCACGUAGUUACAAAGAAUAAAUAUAUUGUGAUUAAGGCGAUAGAGAGCUCUGUACCUAAAAGAUUCCUACCAUAAUAAUAAAUUGUGAGUAGUCUGUAAUGUCUCUUAGAGCUAUGUAGAAAGAAAUAAAGUAUUAUUGUAUUGAACAAUAACGCAAGCUCUCACAUACGCGAGCACACACACAUACAUACACACACAACACACAUAUUUAUUAAAUAUAUUUCUUUGUGGUAUCUGUCUAUUAUAAGAAAAAUUAACGAAACCUUCCUUGUGCUUACAUAUCGGUGUUGAUUUUUUAAUGAAAUAUCUAUACUUAUCUUUUUUUUCAGCAAUGAUCAAUGAUCCUAUGUGUAAGUAAAUACAUUAAAAAUAUGUAAGAUUAUUUCUCAAUCUAUCCCAAGAUUUCAUGUGUGUAGCAUGGACGUAAUACAACAGCACGAAGCCACUCAACUUGCAGAACGAUUCGACGUCGAUUGCUCAAUGAAUACUUGCCCACAUACCAUUACCGUCAUUUCUUCGUUCUUGUCUGCUAUUGGUUGUCGCGAUACAAUAUAACGAUGGUAGCGCCAUCCUCUCAACUAUUAUGUAAACAUAACACUCUAAUAUCUUGCACGAAUUUAUCGAACUGUGUCUUCUUCGACUAUAUUCAAGUAUAUUCUCAUGGCCAAUUUAUAUCUUUUAAGAGACAUGAUUAUAAUUAUUAAUUUAAAACUUUAAAAAAUGGAUAAAGAUAUUAAUACAAACAGAAAACUUAAUGAGUGGAUACAUUUCCAAAAACAACUUUUGGAAGAGAAAAAUUUUCUCACAGAUGUAUUAUCUAAACUUGACAAACAGAUACACGCACUUCAGGUUGAACAGUUACACUUAUUAAGCGUUAUAAAUACAAAAAGUAAUGCCAGUGAUGUUUGCAAAGAUACAGAUCAAGCUUUACCCUUACAAGCAACAAGUAGUAAUCAAUCUACAAAACAAAAACCUUUAGAUUUAUCAGUACCUGUUUUAAUGAAUUUUAAAGAAGAAGAAAGUGAAGAAGAUGAUAAUUAUGACGAACUGGAUGACGAACUGGAUGAUGUACUGGAUGAUGAAAUGGAUGAACAAUGGAUGUAAUGAACUAAUUUCAUCAAAUCAUUUUGUACAUAUAUAGAUUAAAUAAAAUGGACAUACAAAUUUAA